UUGGCUUUAAUCUGGUUAUUUUAGGAUCGACCCUCUCGAGCUUCCUCUGUACUUCCAUAGCGGAAGCGAAAAGGAGUGAAGGGUCGAGGCUGACCUUAUUGGGUUCCACCCCGGAUAACUCUUUCCCUCCUUCUUCACGGUUUGCCCCUCUGUUGAACUGUUUUCGACAAUGGCAAGUUUUUUCUACUGGUUUUCCCGCCUGCGCUCUUCGUCGAGGUGCUUAUACGAAAAUCUGAGAACCCCAAAUUUUCAUAACCUCAGGACCCAGAAAAAUGCAGCCACUACAAAUGUUAUGGACUUCGAAAGAGCAAAGAAGCCACGGAUGACAUGGUCAAGCUCUGUGCUUCCUUUGGCUCUUGCGGUUUCUGCUGGAUCACUUGCUUUACAACCCCAGUUCAAUCCUUCAUUAUGUGACGCUCCUAGUUCCAAUAGUCGAAGUGCCAGCUUAAGCGGAAAAGGUAGCACUCAAUUUGUGGUUGAGGGAUCACACAAAGAAAUUUCGCAGGAUCUUCUCCAGGAGUUGAAAGCCAUCUGUCAGGAUUACAUGACACUUGAUUACGAUGAGAGGUAUAUCCAUGGAAAACCACAGAAUAGCUUUCACAAAGCUGUUAACAUACCUGAUGUAAUUGUUUAUCCAAGAUCUGAAGAGGAGGUCUCCGAGAUUGUUAAAGCAUGUAACAAUCAUAAGGUUCCGAUUGUGCCUUACGGUGGUGCUACAUCAAUUGAGGGUCACACCUUAUCCCCUAAUGGAGGGGUUUGCAUUGACAUGUCGUUAAUGAAAAGAGUGAAAGCAUUGCAUCUUGAAGACAUGGAUGUGGUUGUUGAGCCUGGAAUUGGAUGGAUGGAGCUUAAUGAGUACUUGGAACCUUAUGGUCUAUUUUUUCCACUUGAUCCAGGCCCUGGUGCAAGCAUUGGAGGCAUGUGUGCCACUCGCUGUUCUGGUUCAUUGGCUGUCAGGUAUGGAACUAUGCGUGACAAUGUCAUCAGUCUCAAGGUAGUUCUUGCCAAUGGAGAUAUAGUCAAGACAGCAUCUCGUGCUAGGAAGAGUGCUGCUGGGUAUGAUUUGACCCGCUUGAUGAUUGGAAGUGAAGGAACUCUUGGUGUAAUAACAGAAGUAACACUGAGGCUUCAGAAAAUUCCCCAGCAUUCAGUGGUUGCAAUGUGCAAUUUCCCUUCUGUAAAGGAUGCAGCAGAUGUGGCUAUUGCUACUAUGAUGUCGGGUAUACAGGUUUCAAGGGUAGAGCUACUGGAUGAGGUUCAAGUGAAAGCUAUCAAUAUUGCUAAUGGGAAGAAUUUGCCUGAAUCUCCGACAUUAAUGUUUGAAUUUAUAGGAACAGAGGCAUAUGCUCGUGAACAAACACAAAUUGUUCAGAGAAUUGUUUCUGAACACAGUGGCUCCGGUUUUGUAUUUGCAGAAGAACCUGAAGCUAAAAAAGAACUCUGGAAGAUAAGGAAGGAAGCUCUCUGGGCAUGCUUUGCGAUGAAGCCUGAUUUGGAGGCAAUGAUUUCGGACGUAUGUGUGCCUCUGUCUCACCUUGCAGAUUUAAUUUCAAGGUCCAAAAAGGAGCUGGAUACUUCUUCACUGGUUUGCACUGUGAUUGCCCAUGCGGGUGAUGGUAAUUUCCACACAGUUAUUCUAUUUGACCCCACCCAAGAAGAACAACGGCAGGAGGCAGAGAGGCUGAACCAGUUUAUGGUUCAUGCUGCCUUGUCAUUGGAAGGAACUUGUACUGGUGAACAUGGAGUUGGCACUGGGAAAAUGAAGUACCUCGAAGAAGAACUGGGAGUGGAAGCAUUGAAGACGAUGAAAAAAAUAAAGGCAGUGUUCGAUCCCAACAAUAUCAUGAAUCCUGGGAAGCUCAUUCCUCCCCAUGUUUGUUUGUAAAGGCAACUUCGCUCCAUUGUUGGCCCAUGAAAUGUGAGAGCCAUGAAGCAGAAUGAUGCUUGUCGUUGCAGUGUCUACCUUUCUUCAGAAUCUGCCUUGUAUUAUCCGAAAGAAGACAUCUGUACCACACAAAGUCAGUUCACAGAAAUGUCUCAGGCCAUUGCAGAUUUUCUGGCCUCUUCCGGUCUAUGAACCUAAAUAAGGUGACUUUCUUUUUGUUGUCUGGAUAAUAUAUUCACCCCUUAAUUGUCGAGACUACCAUCUUCUCAGGUUGAUAUUACUGUCAAUUGGAUGCAGUGUAUAGAUUAUAUAUGUAUAUUUUUCUCUUCAGCAAAAUAGAUGAUGUUUUGCACAA